AUGUCGUCAGACCGUGGGAGAUUCGCCAAGCUGUGGAGAGAAAUCGAACCCAUCGCCAAUGCGAAGGGGUAUGAUCUCAACAUCAAGGAGCACAUCGAAGGGCAUGGCCACUCAGUAGACGAGUAUUUUUGGCUCCCUGAUAAGAGCGGGAUGGCCAUCCCGGCAACGAAAGAUGGGCGCCACUAUUACAUCAGAAGUAUGGGAAAGGAUACGGAAGAGCACAAGUGCAUCCUGCGACUGCUCCAAGAUAUUUCUUUCGAGCCUGCCACCGCGAUUCCAAUCGACAUCUUUGAAGGACCGCGAGACCGAGUGUUUAUGGUCAUGCACCAGCUGGCACCGCACUGGCUAGUUCCGUGGCACACCAUCGAGGAUCACAGCAUGUCAGUGGCUUACUUCAUGCGCAUAGUUACUCGCAUGCUUCAGAAUAUCGCACGGCUGCAUGCUGCAGGGGUCGCUCAUUUGGACAUCCGCCCGCACAAUGUCAUGCUCGACAACGAUGGACUACCCGUUUUCAUCGAUCUUGGAGUGAGUAUCGUCGUUGGUGAUGAGCCGAAUUUGCCGUUAUGCACGACACCUUGCCCUGGGACAAGGCUUGUCCCCUGCACUACCCAGUUCGGUUUCCACGCGCCACAGCGUGUUGCAGAGCAGCCGUUUGACGGUCGGGCGGACGACGUUUUCGGAGUAGGCGUGUUUCUAGAACGCUGCUUCUUCGCAACUCCAUCACAGAAGGCUCUUCUGAAAGAAAUUCUCACUGAAUUCGAACGGCUCCUUACGAUGAUGCGUGAAGAAGAUGAGUCGUUGAGGAUCAAAGCCGGUUACGCGUACGAUCAAAGGGUGAAGAUGGUCAUUGAUCGCCCGGAUCUAUUGAACGAUGAAGCAACAUCGAGGAUGCCGUUCUGA